CCCAUUCGCGACGCGUCAUUUUCACUUUGACUGAGUCGGGUCACAAAUUUUUCUAUCCAACAUCACCUGUUGCAUUGUUCUUUUCGAAAAGAGAAACCUCCAAAGCCUGAACCCAUCGACCGGCGCACCCUCCGAGACCCCAGAGUUUUUGACCGCCGUGCGAAAGGAAGGGAAAUCGGCCACUGGGCAUCAAGAAGCCUUCGACGAAAGACUCGAUCGCGAACAAACCCUCACUCCCAACCCCAACCCAGUUGCCCCCCCCAAAAAAGAGAUAUAUAAAACAACAUGGCUCGCAAAUCCACCUCCAACACGACAGCAGCAGCAGCAGCAGCAGAGCCCCCCUCACCCACGACGCAAUCCCCUCCCUCCCACCCAUCCUCCUCCUCCCCUCAACCCGACACCACAGCGACAGCAGCGACAGCAGCAGCAACACCCAAACCCAGCGGCAGCGGAGGAACCGUCGAAGCCACCGAACAGCAAUUGAAAGCCCGCGCAGAAGCAGGCGUAGGCAUUGAGGACUACCUCCUCCCACGCACCCUCACAAUCCGCCUCGCCAAAUCCGUCCUCCCGCCCAACACCUCCCUCCAAAAGGACGCGGUAUUAGCCCUCCAGAAGGCGGCGACGGUGUUUGUCUCGUAUUUGAGUUCGCACGCCAACGAGGCAACCCUCAAACGAACGGUCGCGCCGGCGGACGUGUUCCAUGCGCUAACGGAGUUGGAGUUUGAUUCGUUCCGCGGGCGGUUGGAGAAGGAGUUGGAUGCGUUUACGGAGUUGAAGGCCGGGAAGAGGAGGGGGAAGGGUCAGGGGGGUAGUUCGGGAACAGCGGUGGCGGUGGGAGAGAAGGGUGUUGCUGGUGCUGGUGCUGGUGAUGCUGCUGCUGAGAUGAUGGAGGUGGAUGAGGAGGACGAGGAUCGCGGGGCGAAGAGGGUUAAGAGGGGUGCUGCUGCUGCUGCUGCCGUUGCUGGUGCGAAGGAUGAUCAGAAAAUGUCGGAUGGGGAUGAGACGCAGGAGGAGCCGGGGCGGGGGGAUGGGGAUGGGGAUGAGACGGAGGAGGUGGAGGAGGUAGAAGAAGAGGAUGACGAGGAUGAAGACGACGACGAAGACGAGGAGGAUGAGGACGAGGAGGAGGGCGAGGAGGAACCCAAGGAGGAGGACGAUAUCGACCGGGUCGAGGAUCUGGAUGGAGGCGACGCCAGGCAUCGCGCCAGAGUCAUGAACCCGGAUGUCGACGGGGAUGAGACCGACAGUGAGAAUGAGUCUGGGCCCGGGAACCAGCUGAGGGGGGAAUUGGGUUGA